AUGGCGGGAAUCGUCAACGGACCUCUUUCUCUCUUCCGCAAGUCGGACUCUACGAAACCUCUCCAUGCUCGAUGGGGGGAUGUGUCCAUCUCAGUGCCCACAGAUGGCUCAUGGAAUCAAUAUGACAAUCCCCACCGACCAGUCAAAGAGAGAUCAUCAUACGGGCCAGGCUAUGUGCCGGACUGCUCUCCGCAAGACCGGAAUGCCCACCAAGUGAAAGAGGACGACCAAGACGAUGACGACAAAAGCGUCUGCAGCGAAGCUUCAACAAGCUCACGGCGGAGCUCACUAUCUUUCGGGGGCCUCCGACCGGGCCGGCUUUCAGUGCGCCUCGCCUCGCGUCCCAAACAACUGCGGGGCGAAUCACAGAUAGAAAGAGACGCCCAGCGCUCCGAGCAAAAGCGAAAUGAGUUUGCAUAUCGACCAAUUCAACAAGACUACACCUCCGAACUAGUCGAAAAUGCCACUCAGCCCAGCAAUCGCUUCAGGUACAUUCCGACCAACGGCCAGUACCGUGAAAGCUCAGGUGCUGAGACUCCGCGCAGCCAAUCUGUCAGCUCGCCCCGCAGCCCCUGGCGGCGCAGCUCGGUCCCCGAGUCGAGUGAUCGGCGAUCCAGCGGUCGCGAUCGCGAUCGCGAUCACUACACUCCGAACGUCCGAGUGAGCACCUACCACGAGGAUGACCGUCGCAGUAGUCUAUAUUCUACUAGCAUUGGUGAUAGCUCGGACAGCUCUGGUUCGCGACGAAAUUAUGGGCUGCCCCCUAGACGGCGGACGUCACCUUUUGUUGCGGCUGAUCGCAGGGCUUCUGCAAUCUCGAAGCCUCUGACAAUGGCGAUGGUUCCUGAUCCUGAUAAUCUCUAUGAGUAA